CCGGUUUUCGCCCACGUUCUCUCUAAACGACCCAGGCAGAUCUGCCAUUAUGUCGACUUUCUGCUACAAAGUUACAUCAAUGUGCAGCUUUUUGGAAUGUUUGAAGCGAAUAUAAACUUAAAACAACUUCAAUUUUGUUUGAAAUCAACACUUGUUCUACUUAAACAUGAACUGGAAGGGUUUAAUCAAAGAAAUAUCGCCUGUUUGGAAUUUCAAGGUAAUUUUAGUGAUAUUUCUGUGGGCUGGUAGUGUAGGCAGGGCCGAGCAUAGAGACAGAUCUCUGUGUCCGGCUAAUUUUCACGGCAACUGUAAAUGUGAUCUUGAUAGAGAGACAAACUAUUAUAUCGUUAACUGCACGGAUACUAAUUUGGAUAAUGCUAAUAUAUUGGAGUAUAUGCCCGUCGACACCGAAGUGCUUAUAUUCACAGGUAACAAUGUUCUAGAUUUACCAUUAUAUAUUUUUGGAAGAGAUGCCAAGUACGAUAAAUUGAAAAUAGUCGAUCUUUCUAAUAAUAAAAUUCAAACUAUCAAAGACAGGACGUUUCACGGUGUCGAUAACGUAGAAAAAUUGAUACUGAACGAUAAUGAUCUUUAUUUAAAUGGAAAAGACAAUCAACCUAAGAUGUUUAGACAUUUUUUGAACUUGGAAGAGCUUCAUCUUAGAAAUACAUUCACCAAAAAAUUUAUUUGGAGUGACCACUACAUGGAAAAUUUAGAGAAAAUUUUCAUGCAAAGCAGACUUAUUAAUUUACGGAUACUUAAUCUGGAAAAGAAUGAAAUCAAUUCUAUUCCAAACAAUUAA